CCAUCCCCCACUAAUAUCUCCACGAUGGCUUUGAGGGCGGCGGCGACGAGAGCGCUGGUGGCUGGGUCAGCUCCUCCGGGAUUGAGGCGAAUAUUCUCGACAGCUUCGGCUAAUUCCUUUGUUCCGCCACCAAUUGCCGCGAUGGGGAACGGUGACGGAACCCCUGGUCGAGAGCAAUCGCCUCCAAGCACCAACCUCUUUUUCUCCGGGCUUAACAAACGCACUCCUACGGAGAAACUUCGAGAAGCCUUUUCUCAGUUCGGCCGAGUAGUUGAUGCCAGAGUGGUGACCGAUCGAGUAUCGGGUUAUUCCAAAGGGUUUGGUUUUGUAAGGUAUGCCACCAUAGAGGAAGCUGAGAAAGGCAGAGUGGGAAUGGAUGGCAAGUUCCUCGACGGUUGGGUUAUAUUCGCAGAGUAUGCUAGACCUCGGCCGGAACGAGCACCACCUCAGAAUAUGUCUAAUUCAAAUGGCUAUAAUUCCUAUGGCUGUGAAUGAGUUCGAUCCCGAAUUUGUUUUUCCAUUUUUGAUCUUCAUCAGAUA